CACUCUUGCACACAGACAUGCACGCACUCACACCCUCGCUCUCUCUCUCUCGCGCACACACAUAUACUGAGUUUUCCACUCCUAACACAUGGGCUGGGGGAGCUAAGGAAUCUGAGCCUGGCUGUGGGGAGGAGGAGUCUGUUCCCAAUGCUGCCCCCAGACUGAGAUCAUUGAUCCCAGCUCCCCUCCUCUGCCCAGGAGGAGCCCCCAGCCUCAUCCUUUGGUGGGGAAGACAGGCCAGAGCAUGACCAUGCUGUAGGGGCCUGUGGGGGAAAGGAGGGAGGGGAAGGAAGGCGCUCUGAAGUGAGCAUCUCUGUGGACGGGGAGACGCCUGUCAUGUUCGCCGAGCUGCUCUUCCAGGCUGCCUGUGUGACUGUGUGCCUUCAAGGGGCCCAGGGGAGAGUCUACACAGGAAGGAAGAAGCUUGCCAACUUCGCCGCCGUGGAGAGACGCCGUGUGGGACCACAUGUUUGCCUUUCUGGUUUUGGAAGCGGAUGCUGCCCUGGGUGGAUACCUUCUCCAGGCAGUGGACAGUGUACUCUGCCACUUUGUUCCUUUGGGUGUGGCAGUGGUUUGUGCAUCGCUCCCAACGUCUGUUCCUGCAGGGGUGGAGGACAAGGCAUUACUUGUCAAGACUCCUCUGGUGCCUGUGGAGAGUAUGGCUGUGACCUUGUCUGUAAUCAUGGUGGCUGCCAGGAGGUGGCACGGGUGUGCCCAUUGGGAUUCUCCAUGACUGAGACAACCAAUGGUGUACGUUGUGCAGAUAUUGAUGAGUGCGAAAGUGCCUCCUGUGAAGGGCUAUGUGUGAAUACAGAAGGUGGCUUUGUGUGUGAAUGUGGCCCCGGGAUGCAACUCUCUGCUGACCGACACAGCUGUCAAGAUACUGAUGAGUGUCUGGCAACACCCUGUCAGCAACACUGCAAGAACAGUAUUGGCAGCUAUCGAUGUUCUUGCUAUCCUGGCUUCUACCUGCAUGGCAACCGGCACACCUGUGUGGAUGUGAAUGAAUGUCGCCGACCUGGUGAGAAGCGGACCUGCCAGCACUCCUGCCACAACACACUUGGGAGUUUUAUGUGCAGCUGCCGCCCCGGCUACCGGCUCAGUUUGGACAGAGUGUCCUGUGAUGGUUUUUCAAAGACCAGUCUGGUUCCAUCUCCCAUCCUGCAAUCUCUCCAGCACCCACCAACUCUACUACGCCUUUCUCCAGAAUCUGGGGCACCUGUCCUCCCCCGCAGGGGUUCUCCUCCCUCCCAAGCUCCUGCUCCCCAGAGCAUACUCAGAACUCCAUCUCCUUCCCCGCUCUUUUCCACUCUCUCUGUGCUCCCAUCUGCCGCCUCUCCCACCACAGUGUUGCCUCCAACAAGACCCUCCACUGGCACACCCUUCUUAUUAAGAACCACCAGGCCCUCAGUGCUGGUGAGCUCACUGCCCCCAUCACUGGUGCAAGAGACUAUAGCACCUCUCCCUGCAAGUACCUCUGCUCCCUCAGCUUCCUCUGAAGUCCUGCCUUCCAUGUGCUGGCAUGGAGGGAUUCUUCAUGAAAAUGGCAGCCACUGGACGGAGCCCUGGUGUCUGAAGUGUUCCUGUGAGGGUGGACAAGUGCUGUGUCAAGCAGUGGUAUGCCAAGUUGCUUGCUCCCACCCAAUUCCUCCAACAGAGGGGGAAUGUUGUCCCAGCUGCACAGGCUGUUUCUAUUAUGGGAUUGUUAGAGCUGAAGGGGACGUAUUCUCACUCUCUGAUGAGAACUGCACAGUCUGUGUCUGCCUGGCAGGCAAUGUAUCCUGUAUCUCUCCUGAAUGUAUACCCACUCCAUGCCCCAGCUCUGCUCAGACUGAUUGUUGUCCCUGCCAACCGGCGGAGUGCUAUUUUCGUGGCCAGACUUAUGCGGAGGGAGCCGAGUUCAGCCUGGAUGGUGAUGACUGUACCACCUGUGUGUGCAGGCAAGGAGAAGUUGAGUGCUCCUUCACUCCCUGUCCCACUCUGGAGUGUCCUCGAGAUGACUGGCUGUUGGCCCCAGGGCAGUGCUGCUUCACUUGCCGGAAGGCCGCACCCAUGACAGGUUGCUUCGUGGAUGACAAUGGAGUUGAGUUUCCAGUUGGACAGAUCUGGUCACCGGGUGAUCCCUGUGAGUUAUGCAUCUGCCAGGCAGAUGGCUCCAUCAGCUGCAAGAGGACUGAUUGUCUGGAGACAUGUCCUCACCCCAUUCGGAUCCCCGGCCAGUGCUGUCCAGACUGCUCAGCAGGCUGUACCUAUGCAGGAAAGAUAUUUUAUAACAAUGAGACAUUCCCCUCUGUCUUGGACCCCUGUCUAAGCUGCAUUUGUCUGCUGGGUUCAGUGGCCUGUUCUCCUGUGGACUGUGUUGUCUUCUGUACGUAUCCUUUCCACCCAGAAGGGGAGUGCUGCCCUGUUUGUCAUGAUUGCAAUUACAAAGGGAGGAAAGUGAUCAAUGGACACAACUUUGUACCAGAGGGUGAACCCUGCAUUCAUUGCACCUGUCAGCUUGGAGAGGUGAGCUGUGAGAAAAGGCCUUGUCCAAGCACCUGUGCAGAGCCCUUAGCCCUUCCUAUACACUGCUGCCCUGAAUGCCAGGGUAACACAGAUGCCCUUGCCUCACUGGAGAAUAGCCUAGCUGCCUCUCACCUGGAAGAUGGAGGAUCAGAGACAACCUUCCAAAGACAUUCCAAUGCCUUGAUGUCUGACAGAAACUGUAGCCUCUGUACCAGCACCCCCACACCUGCCUCACUCAGACCAGAGAUUCAUCUUGCAGCAAGCAAUGCAACAGCUUGGGAGAAUCCACUUAUGAGCCCAACUGCACCAGGAAAUGUUGGGCUCCAUCAAACCAGACCAGGGGGUCCCAGCAGGCUGCAUCUCAAUAGACCACCAAGUGUCAAACCCCCAUCUUCUUGGCUAGGCCGUUCGACAGCCCCUCUGAUAAGGCCAGGGUCCACUGGGCUGAUUAAACCAGAAAGCACCAGGCCUCCCCCCACCAGGCGAAGCUCUUUUAGUUCCCCUUCAACUCAUUCUAGCCCCACUCCUCUCACAACAACUGGAACUUCUAUGCCCUCCACUGUCUUUGACACUUCCACUCCACCUACCACAGCUGACCUCACAGAUUCCAAAAUAGGCCCAGUUAUACCCACUCUUCCUCUGCCACCUCCAGCUGAACCUCUUUCCUCUUCAGUCAGCUCUAGUUUAGACUCUCCUUCUCAAGAACUUCGUGGGAGCUCAUCGGACACAACAGAUUCACUUGUGGGCCAGCAAGCUGUGGGGAGCAGCCCUACAUUGCCCCCCGAUAGUGAGAAUAACCUCAUUGACACUGCCCUGUAGUGUUCGGGAAAUGCCAGGCCAAUUUUGAACAGGAGAAAUUUAACCACUUUGACCUCAUAGGUGAAGGAGAGCAUCUGCAUAGGGUUGCCACUGGUGGUGUGAACUGGUCCUACCAUGCCUGCCACAGCAGUAUCUACUUUCAGUCUUCUUGAAGAGCAAGUCUUACUCAUAUGGGCACUACUUUAGCUUUAGUUAGUGUUAAGCAAUAACACCCAGUCUAAACCUAAACAAAACCUUGGGUGUACACAAUGGGAUAAUGGCUCUUCUUCAUCUCUGUGUAAAGAUUCCAGCAAAACUGCAGAAGAACAUAUAUGAUAGGACCAAAGACUAUUUUAAUUGCACCUCAUCUGCUGCAUUUUGUGGGACUGGCUUGCGGCCAUCAGGGAAACUAAUCCUUGUGCAGCUCUCAAAGGGUUGCAUAGUAAAUCUCACACCAGUUGUGGCAUAGAUACCCUGUUGCUGCUUGCAGACUUACAUGGAAGCGUCAAGGUUGAGACUGUUGAAGCAAAGUUGGUCAGUUUCAACUGAAGUCAAGAGUGUACUCUCCAAGCAUUAUUUAAGCAUACAUUCCAACUAAGUCUUAUUUAACAGAACCAUACACGGUGCAGAUUUGCUGGUUUGUAUGACACUGAAUCUAAUACUGGAGCAUUUCUGCUAAGUCCUUUCUUGUGGUGUCGGUGUCAGAUUUACUAGUAUGUAUGGCAUUCUGAAAUUCAGGAGAUUAUAGUGUGCUGCAGCUAGAUUUAUAUGAACACUAAAAAUAUACAAUUUGUGGUAUCUAAAUGUAAACAUUUAUUUUAGAGUAUAGGUAAAUGUGUAUUUUCAGCUUAAGAUUUCUACAUGAAUUGAUUUCGUGGGUAGGGGUGCGCCGGAUUUGUUUUAGGCUUGGAAGAUGUUCCCAGCCCAUUCCUCAGACUGGUGGCUGGACAGAUGUUUAAAAACUACCUCAGGAAGGUGUCUAAUAAAGGUACAUCCACAUUAAAAAAUUUGAAAUCAGACUGAUUGCCAAGGCUUUCUUCACAAAGAACUGUGGGAAUUGCAGUUUAUGAAGGUGUAGAGAUUUAUUUAUUGGGUAUUUCUGGACUUUUAUGAAAUGAUGCUUCCCAGAAUUCCUUGGUAAGAAAUUAUGGUUUUUAACUAGGUCUGGAAUUUAUUUAAAUGUGCUGUGUACACAUGCCCCUUGGGCAUAUGUGCUUUGAAAUGUAUCCAGUGCAUACCUGACUCCCGUAGUCCAUACUCAUGGGGGCCUCAGGCCUUGCUGCUUUCCUGCCUUCAUUCAAGCAGGAGAGUCUGCAGCUUAAGACCUCCUACUUGAUCUUUGGUAAGUUCCUUAAAUAGUUUAUGUUCCUGAUCUGCAAAAUGGGUAUAGAACCUACCUGCCUCAUCAGGCAUAUCCACACGACAACCCUUUAUUGGUUUUAUACCAUUUUAAUGAUCAUAGCUUCCCAUGGUUUGCUGAGGAUCCUGAUAAUUAUCUGAGAGUUCCCUAUCUCCCCUUCAUGAAAUGACAGUUCUUAGGGUCCCCUGAGGAAGAGGGAAUGACAAAUCACUUUAAGCCUGUGGAAGCAAGCCUUGUGUUGCAGCUGCCUGGAAGUACUUGGUACCCAAAUAGCCACCCACUACCUUGGUUCUGUUCCCUAGUCCCAGCCUUCCCAGCAUCUUCGAAGAGCAAAACUAAACAUUACUUAAAUUAUAGUUUGGUACUUAAAAAAAAAAGUUUUUUAAAAAGUUAAAUAGCAGUUGUGGGGAAGAAAUCUGGAUUUGCACACCGUGUGUGGGGAGUGAAAUAUGUAAUUCCUUUGUUCCAUGGUCCUGAUGAAAGUCACACCACCAAAGCUGCUAUAAAGUCUAGGAGGAGCUUCUGUUGGCAUCAAUGGAAGCUUAAGUAUUCCCUCCCCACGUGCCAUGGUCCUGAUCCUCAUCAGGCCCCUCAAAGCUGCUUUUUAACAAACUGUGCAUUUAAUGGUCUCGUGGUAGCGAGCAUGAUUUGUCCCCUUAGCUAAGCAGGGUCUACCCUGGUUUGUAUUUGAAUGGGAGACAUGUGUGAGUACCAUAAGGUAUUCCCUUCAGGGGAUGGGGCUGCUCUGGGAAGAACAUCUUCAUGCUUGCAUGCAAAAGGUUCCAAGUCCCCUCCCUGGCAUCUCCAAGAUAGGGCUGAGAGAGACUUCUGCCUGCAACCUUGGAGAAGCUACUGCCAGUCUGGGUAGGCAAUACUGAGCUAGAUGGACCAAUGGUCUGACUAAGGCAGCUUCCUAUAUUCCUAUGUGAUAGCUAGUUUGGCCUCAAAUUAGGGCUGAUUCACACUGAUAUCACUUGAUGACAUUUAGCUGAAAGUGUGAAUUACUACACGGAAAAGUAUUGUGUUCGGUGACAUGAAGACUCUUUUUGUGCUGGUUUGUAAUGACAUUUUAAUACAUGUAGGCCUUCACUUGAGUCAUCAAGUGAGGAAUGUGUGUUUGUGUGAAUUCACCUCUAGUAGGCUUACAAGAUGCUGCAAUGUAUCAAUGAACUCCCAUAUUAAGUGUUUUGGGUUUGUUUGUUUUUUUACAUUUUGUAUUAACGUUUUGUGAUUGUACAUGUUAUAAUUAAGUGAACAUUGAAAAAGUUUUUUUAAAAAACCUAAAGCUUAUAUCAAAUAAAUUAAACAUGUACUUCCUCAAA